UCUCCUGCGGCCACUCCGCUUCGAUAGAUAGACUUUUUCUCCUGCGAAUUGUCUCCGCCAGACUCCCUCCGGCAACCUGAAAAAUGUACCGGUGCGUUAAAAAGUGUAACAAUCCAUUAGUCUACUGGUAAUUAAUAUACCAGUGCUAGUGGUACGCUACUAGUGCGUUAAAAAAUGUACCAGUGCUAGUGGUACGGUAUCAUUACCACUUGUAGCGGUACCAUUAGCAGUACCAGUACCACUGGUAGCGGUACCAUUAGCAGUACCAGUACCACUAGUAGCGGUACCAGUACCAGUACCACUGGUAGCGGUACCAUUGCCACUGGUAGCGGUACCAUUGCCACUGGUAGCGUACCACUAGAGACUAGCACAAAAAAAUCAGAUCUGAAAUAUGAAAAAUCACAGAUCUGAAAAACAAAAAAUCAGGGAUGACGAAAGGGGGAGGCAGGGGAGAGGCGGUGACCUCGUGGUGACGGUGGUGGUGGGAGACAUAGGGCAGCGGGAGGGUUGCAACGGCGGUGGUGAUGGGAGGAGGAGGCCGUGAUGGCUGCGGCCUGCGGGUUACAGGAGGCGGCCUCGGGUCGGGUUCGGGUCAUUUCGGGUUGGAUCCGGGCGGCGGCGGCGGAGGAGGGGAUUCGUUUGACGUGAGGUUGAGAGGGAGGAGAGGCGGGACGUUGGUGCUGGAGAUGAGCUCCGAGGUUUUGAUGGCGAAUUUGGAGGUUUUGGGAGAGUUGGAGGCUGAGUACAGGAAGGGGGCUCACAAGGUGAAUCGUAGUGAUAGUAAUGGUGGUGGUAGAAGGAGUAGAUUGAUGAAGGUUUGCAGAAUUGUGAGAAAGAGAGGGAAGAGAUGGGAGGAAGAAGAAGAAGAAUAGGAAGAAAAAAGAUGGCGUGAGAGAGAGAGGAAAGGGAGAAACGGUUCGUAAAACUAAUAACGAAUAAGAAUGAAAAAGUUUCGAACAAGGUUGUCAAACCGGUUUGUGCCAGUGUGCCGGUUUAGCAAGUGGAAUGGUUCAACCGGAGGUACAUACCGGUUUGUGCCGGUUCAUGCCGGUUAAUAUUACAAAUAAUUUACAAAUACUCAUAUUUAAGCACGGCAUUUAACGUUAAUACCUAAAUAUUUGUACUUGAAUCCAACAAAUAACAUCAACAUUUAACUAUUUAACACAUAAAAUAAAUAAUAAAUUACUUUUUAUCAAAUAAAUUCACUAAUAUAAGAUCAUUUUACUU